AUGAUGCAGAAAGCGACGCCCAUGCCGCCCGCCACGCCUGCCUUCCCCCUGUUCUCCGUCGGCAUCUUCUCCAAGCCGAGCUCGUUGUCCCGACCAGCCACACGCGACGGCAGCGUCGACCCUCUGCAUCCCCAUCCGCCGCCGCACGCGGCUCCCCCGCCGAUCCCGUCCGCCCGGGACGCCCGCAAGCCGUCGUUUUCGAGGAAGCCCUCGCAGUCGGGGGCCGCCGCGCGACGCCGCGGAUCGUCAGUCGGCUCCUCGGCCGCGGCGUCGAGUGCCGUCGUGACCGACGCGGCUGCUCCGCCUGCUCUGCCGGACUACGCGCUGCCCGCGGCGGCCAGGGCCAAGGGGCAGCAGAGGCGCGCGCGCGAGCUGGGCAGCCUGGACGAUCCGCUCCGGAGCCCUGUCAGCCCCAUGAGCGGCGGCGGCGGCGGCGGCUUCUUCUUCGCAACCGCAUCCACCGCGGCGGCGGCGGGCGCGGCGACGGGGCCGGGGGCGGGCGGCCCGCCGACGGCUUCCGCUGGAGUGUCGAGCGUGUCGGCCCCCGGCGCGGCAGCCUGGCAGCACGGCGAGGCGAGCGCCAUCCAUCAGCAAAUCACCGAGGUGGCGGGGAAGCGCAUAUCGACGCUGGAUUACCUGCGGAAAGCCCACGAGGGCCGAGUAUACUGGUUCAACACGUACCUCUUCGAGAGAGCAGACCUCGCGCGCAUGCCGUGCUUCGACCCGCGCAAGCUCGCCCGCAAGGCGACAAACUACCUCCUCCUCGGGCUGUCCAUCCCCACCAUCAACGACCUGUACUCGUCCACGCCGAUCGAGUUCCUGCGCUGCCUCAACUCCCUCCUCUCCGAGUUCGACUCCUUCCAGCAGCUGCACGGCGACUCGUCGGCGUCGCUCGCCCGGGCCCGCCUGCCCACCAUGUUCCGCCGCCCGGGCAGCAAGGCGCGGCGCUCGACAUCGUCCGCCACAGACGUGCACCUCGACGAGUCGCACGCCCUCCCGCCCGCCGCCGGCACCCCGUCGGUGAUGAACUUUGCCGCGUCGGAGUCGGACCUGCUCCCCGGGGAGGAGUACACCUACCUGCUGACCCCGGCGCUGCCCUUUGAGCCCGACUUCUUCGAGACCUUUGCCACGCUGUGCGACGUGCUGAUCGACUGCUACUCGCGCUUCCUGGCGCUGAUUCCCACGCCGAGGGAGUGCUCCGCCCCGGUCGCCGAGAUGUUCACCAAGGCGGACGCGAGGCUGCGCAAGAUCAUUGUGCAGGGCGUGGUGAAGGAGUUUGAGGAGCACAGCAGGGCCCAUAUCAGGGCCGAGGUGGCUAGCAUCGGGAAGGUGGUCCUGGGGGGGCUGAUGUGA